AUGGGAGUAAGGCCCACUACAACAAGCUCGUCUCCGACGCAGCGGGAAAUCUAUCAAAAAUCAAACAACUCUAGCCCUUCUUUGAUGGGAUCAUUAAUGAAAUCUCUAAAGUCGUCCAAUCUGGCAAGACAUCAUCCUCAUCACCAGCCUGGUGCUGAUAACAAUAGUGAAUUGGAUGGAGGGCAGCGUUCCAGAAGCUCACAUCAGCUUUUGAGCAGGUCUUCCAGCCAGAGCAACGGCUCACACCAUCAUGGACAUGGUGUAAGUCAUAUCCACAUGAGUCCGCUAAGAAAGAGUUCCUCGGGUAAUAGCAGCACCGCUAACGUGGCAACACAAAAGGAUCGGCAUCAUCUGAAGAAGGACAAGUAUUUCAAGGACCUGGAUGAAGACUGGAGUGCGGUUAUCGAAGAUUACAACAUGCCCAUCCCUAUGAUCAGUAACGGAGGCAGCGAAUUAAAACCACCCGUCAACGUCGGGUUACGACGAAAAGAGGCUGUAGAAUCACGAUCUCCGUCCGCUGGCUACCCCAGUUUGCCACACCUCAACAAAUCUCAAAGUUCGGACCUCAAAACGCAGUAUGAACACGAAAGCGAACGUGAACUACAAGAGUUGAACUCAUUUAUGCACCGCGUUUCCAAAUUCGAAGCUAUUUUACAGCCUACAAAUGGUAGCCAGAUCAAUCUGAGCGAACUUCGUCGUCUCAGCUGGAAUGGUGUACCAUUGCUACAUCGUCCACAAGUGUGGCGGCUUUUGAUAGGUUACGCGCCCGCAAAUAUCAAGAGACAGAACACACUCCUGCAGCGCAAGCGUCAGGAAUAUCGGGACGGAGUAGCGCUUGUUUUUUCAAAAGAGCACACCCGCGACAUCCCAACAUGGCACCAGAUCGAGAUCGACAUUCCGAGGACAAACCCAUUAAUACCGUUAUAUCAGUUUCCUCUUGUUCAGCAGAGUCUGCAGCGGAUACUUUACCUGUGGGCGAUAAGACACCCAGCAAGCGGCUACGUGCAAGGUAUAAAUGACCUUGUAACACCAUUUUAUCAAACGUUUCUCACAGAAUAUCUACAGCCGGCCAAUAAGGACGAUGUCAGUAAGCUUAGCCCUGACCUGUACCUGACUCAUGAGCAACUUUUGGAUGUUGAAGCGGAUUCGUUCUGGUGUGUUGCAAAGCUUUUGGAACAGAUCACCGACAACUAUAUUCAUGGCCAGCCCGGUAUUCUGAAGCAAGUGAAACAUCUCGGGCAACUAGUCAAAAGGAUAGACGGAGAACUUUACGAGCAUUUCGUCCAGGAAAACGUUGAAUUCAUUCAGUUUGCAUUCCGCUGGAUGAAUUGUUUAUUGAUGAGAGAAUUUAGCAUGGACAUGGUCAUUCGCAUGUGGGAUACCUAUCUUUCAGAGACCUCUUUGGAAUCUUCGUCUUCUACGGUUGCAGACCCUUCCGGCAUGACAUUAUCCUCCGACGGCUCUCUUCAAAAUUCACCCGUCAAUGCUUAUCGAGAAAAGUCAUCCUCCAAAAGCAUGCAAAGCAAACACAGUACAGUGGCAACAUCACGUCAGACAUCGUUAAGUGAGUUCCAUGUCUUUGUCUGUGCAGCCUUUCUGGUCAAAUUCAGUGAUAAGCUCAUCAACAUGGAUUUUCAAGAAACAAUCACUUUCCUACAAAACCCACCCACCAAAUGCUGGACCGAGAGUGAUAUAGAGCUCUUGUUGAGUGAAGCAUACAUCUGGCAAUCUCUAUACAAAGACGCAACGUCUCAUUGGAGAUGA